AUGAUGUACCCCGAGCUCCGUCUCAUCGUCAUUGCCGGCCUGAGACGAAGAAUCCCGCUCAUGCUCAAAGAAGGAGAUCGUCUUGACAAAGAAUACGAUGAGGUCUGCAAGGUCUUGGACUCGGGCUACUUCAACUUCGGUGAUGAGGUCUUCCGCUUCGAUGAGGAUGAGGACCGCGUCCUCGAGGAAAUCGACAUUUUUGCCGAGAAGAAGAGGAUUAACCAGGCGAGGUUGGACCUCUUGGAGGAUCUAAGGGAUGCCCGCCAGCAGUUGAGGGAGCUCCUCAGCAAGCCAGUGAAGAGGCUUUGGGGGUGUUAA